UGAUUUGAUGUGCGAUGUGAACUAACAUGGCCGUCGCAAUCGGAAAUGGAAGAUAUUACAAACUUUUUCGUGGCAAUUCCGCGCCAAAACGCUUGCUCAUUGGAGAACUGAACGAGCCAGGAUUACUGUCAAGUUCAUUUAUCCAAGGAAUUGUAGGACAAGUUUUCCCUAUAAAAAAUUCAGAGAGGUAUGGCAAGCUGUGUAAGAUUGUUUUGCGGGAAGAUUUGGAAAAGCGAACUCUAAGGUCAACUUGUGCCACAAUUAAUGCUUUCCUGUUAGGAGAUCUGGCUGAUGAAGGUGAUAGAAUUAAAGAGGGUGAUCGCGUGGUCUUGUCAGAGGUUGUUGUAGAAUGUUCUCCCACCGAUGAACACCUAUAUCAGCUCAUUGCCUGGCGAGAAAAAUCUCAGGCAUCAAUUUGGGUGAUAAAUAACAAGGGAAAUGUGAGAGUUAACAAUGCAAGUGGUAAUGAAAAAACUCAAGUGAACAAUGCAGAAGAUGGAAAAAAUCUUACAUGUUGUGCUGACACUGAUGAAGAAGAAACUGUUGUGCAGGAAACAUCAGAGCCAGGGUUUUACAUUGUAAAGAAGACAUCUACUGGUGAAGAGGGUAGAAGGAGAAGGAGAAGGAGAAGCAAACCAAAGAUAUUUGAAAAGAGGAAAGGGAAAUUUCAUCUUGGCCCUAAGGGAGUCACACCUUCAAAAUCACAUGUAAUGAGGAAAGUUAGUGAUGCUGUCGUUGUAAUAGACAAAUCUGAAGUGACAAAACGUUUAAGUCAGAAAGAUGAGAUGGGUGGUGUUGAACAUUUAAGCCUCAGCGUACAAAAUGGCAGUCCAAAUCAACCAUCCAAUGUGCAGUGUACUCACACUGAGUUGUCACCAGCAGGAGUAUCAACAAGAAUUUGUGAGGGUGAUAUGAAGGCUGGGCAAAUGAGAGAUCAGUCUCAAACAAGCACAGUGCCAAGUGAUUUGCUGCAACUGAAGGCUCCAGAAGCUAGUGCUCUAUCAAUUGUUGAGAGCGAUGUCACUGCUGAAGGGAACUACCAGAUUAAUGAUAAGGUUAAUGCACAGCAGAAAACAGAUGAGGCACAGCAAAUGUCCAACGAAGAUAUGCUUAUGCCUGACUUUGAACAAGAGGAUCAGGUUUUUUUAUCAGCCCGUAGAAGAUCAUCUUCAACUUAUUCUGUUGCCAACCAAAGAAGUCCUGCAAAAGGGCUGAACAGAAGACCUGGCAUUCCUGGUGAGAUUCCGCACCAUGUUGCUGCAAUCAAUGAAGAUGAGACAUUCUCUACCAGUACAAGGAGUUUGAUUCCUGAAGACUACACCCCAGUGGCAAGUCUGUUGGCUGACCAGGGAUCUAAUGAUCAAGGUGGAGUGAAGAGAUCUUCUCCUAACCCAGUCCUUGAUGUCAAGCGACUGAGAGCUUCUCCUGGACCUUCCAGCCAGUUGUCUUCCCGUGACCAACUUGGCAGUCCACGUGAGGGCGAGCGUGCCAAGGAGAAGUCCUCUAGAGAGGCCGCUGACUACACUGUUCCUCAAGGUUAUACUACCUUGGCUAAUCUAAAGCCUGAAACUGUUGUGAACAUCUAUGGAGUGGUGAAAUCUUUCAAACCGGCCUGGAAGUGCCGAGGCACCGACAUGUGCUCUGUUCUUAUGAUAACGGAUCCUACGGUAGUUGAUUCCACCUUUGGCCUUGAAUGUGUCUUCUUCCAGCAGACCAUCAGUCGCCUGCCUGCCGUUCACAAGGUGGGAGAUAUCGUGCGAUUGCACCGCAUCAAGAUCUCGCAGUACCAGGAAAAGCUUCAAGCGAUGUCAUCCCGUGGAUUUGCGGCGAUUGUCUUUGACCGGGAUAGCGAGGUACCAGUGACAGCAGAAAUGGCGAGGGUCUCAAGCUCUACCUUCUCGCUAUCAAAAGAGGAUAAGGACACCAUCCAGUGCCUAAUAGAAUGGUGUGACUGCAAUCCGGCCAUCUUUCCGCUAACUAACUUCAUUCCUGUUGCGGAAAUUAACCCAGACUGUUACUUCGACUUGGUCGGCCAGGUCCUUGGUGUUGCAUUACAUCGUACCCUGGACUGUGUGGUACUCUUUGUCACUGACGGUACCCAUCCUAAUUGUGACAUCCGAGAGUGCACUGGCGAUGAGUACAACGCGGUAGAGCCUCCUGAUAACCACCGCUCGGCGAAGGACGGCGAUGUCAUCUCUGUGUUCCUUUACGGCGCUUACGCCGAAGUUGCGCGGCUUCUUGCAAGAAAGGGGAACUAUGUCAUCCUUCAUAACUUGCAUUCCCAGAUCCUGAAGCAAGGCGGGUCUGUUUGCAGUGUGGUGGACGUUGUGAGGCCUUAUGUCGAAUUGUGCAUCCAUAGGGGCACCUGUUAUGGGCGUGGUCUUACUCUUCUGUCCGCUGAUUCGCCAGAAGUCAUAGGAAUUAAGAAACGACUAGGUGUCUAAUUUGACACGACUUUUCAACAAUUCAACAGUGUUUCUUUUCUUCCUAUGGCUUUUAUCGCUGACAGUUUUUUUUUGCUGUUUCUCCUUGUGUAAAUACUCCCUUUUUACUCUCUUUGAGUUCAAACGUCGUCUCGUGUACCUAACAAACAAUAAUGGCAACCCGUAAAAUGGUAACUUAAAACUAUUGAUGUAUGUUACACGUAACAUGAAAGAGUAUUUUCUUGUAUUAGGUUUCGUCAAAUUUAACGACAUU